AUGGAUCAUGAAGACAGUACAUCACUAAUUAUUACAGAUGAAAAAAUAAUUAAACGAGUUAAUAGUGACAUAGAUAUAGACACUACUCUACCUUUAAAAAAAAAGCUGAAAAAGGAAAACGACGAAUCUUUAUUAGCAAACGAGGAAAACACUGAUGAUGUUUCUGCCUUAAAUAAUGAUAAUAAUAAUGAAACGAUAUGUGCUAACUCACCUGGAAAAGUUAACUUUACUUCACCAGAAGUAGCUAUUAAAAGGGCUGAUACUACUAAUACUAAUACUAAUACCAAUACAUCUAAAAUAAACGUCAAUCUAAAUGAAAAAAUCAGCAAACACGUUGUAAUGAAUACACCAUCUAAAAAAUUGCAGGCGGUUAAUUUUUUGAAAACUCCCUCAAGCAAAACAGAAAAACUGGACGAACAAUCAUUAUUAGGAUGUAGUCACAAUAAAUUUAAAAAUAGUCAACAUGAUGAUGAUUAUGUAUUUGAUGAAAACAUUCCUAAAGAUAUUAUUGAAGAAAUGACUCUUUUAUUAGACACAUUUCCUGGACUAGAUGUUAGAUAUAAACUAUUGGACAAAAUUGGUGAAGGUACCUUUUCCUCCGUUUACAAAGCCAGAGACAAAAAAUUACAACCACAGCAUAUGCUAAAAUCACCAUUAAAACACCACUUUUGGAGUUCUAAACACCAUUAUGUUGCCCUAAAGAGAAUCUAUGUUACUUCGUCGCCACAGAGAAUUUACAACGAGUUAAAUCUAUUGUAUACUUUGUCUAAAUGUCCUAGAAUCGCACCUUUGUAUGACGCAAUACGUUAUCAAGACCAAAUCAUUGCUGUGUUACCAUAUUAUCCUCAUGAGGAUUUUAGAACGUUUUAUAGAAUAUUACCAAUAAAGGGAAUCAAAAAAUACAUGUUUGAAUUAUUAGAAGCCUUAAAAUUCAUUCAUUCAAAAGGUGUGAUACAUAGAGAUAUAAAACCUACAAACUUCCUAUACAAUACAAGAUUGGGGAAAGGCGUAUUGGUAGAUUUCGGACUAGCAGAAUUAGAAUACGAUGCACAGGAUACUUUUAGAAACACUCAAUAUUGUCCAUGUGUGGAAAAAAGAAAUGAUCAUAUCUGUAACAUUAGCACUGGUAGUGCUGGUGUUAAUAAAUCGUUCAAAUCGGUUAUAAAUAUAUCAGGUGAUUUGACCAAGGGCUAUCCUAAACAUGAUACACGUAGAGGAAGAAGAGCUAAUAGAGCAGGGACCAGAGGAUUUAGAGCACCGGAAGUUCUAUUAAAGUGUUCUAAGCAAACUACGAAAAUAGAUAUCUGGUCAUGCGGUGUUAUAUUAUUAUGUUUUUUAGCCAGGAGGUUUCCUAUGUUUCAAAGUUUGGAUGAUAUAGAUUCGUUAUUGGAACUAUGUUGUAUCUUUGGUUACAAAGAAUUGAAGAAGUGUGCAGAGUUACAUGGAUUGGGUGUAAAUAUUAGUAGCAACUUAAAUGGGAUAACUGAAGAUGGUAUUAAAGGUGGAUUAAAAGAAUAUGUCAGGAGUUUGUUAUUACAAGAAACUGAGGUGGGUACCUUACCCUCAUAUAGUGCUGCAUUUGAAACAUUGGAUUUUUUGGAUAAUGAGAGUAGCCCCUCUCUGGUUUCUGGUGGGUCAUUAAAAUCAAACGAUCAUAGUAUUAAUGUACAUAAUGACAAGGAAGAAAUGGAAGAUGCUGAUAAUGUUGAAGAUCCUAAUAUUUUGAAGCAUAAACAAGAAUAUUAUAGUGAUCAUUUUUGGUGUUUUUUAUUGUUAGAAAAAUGUUUCGAUUGGAAUUAUCACAACAGACCUAGUGCAGAUGAUUUACUGAAAAAUAUAUUUUUUGAUGAGUUAAACAAUUUCCCCUCACCUGCUAAAAAAGGAAAUACUGAUGUUUGUGAUAAAGCACAUUGUAAUAGUAGCAAUGAAAACACUGACACCAGUGAAGGUACAGAGGAAGAAAGCUGUGGUACUAAAAGUACUUUGACUUAG